GCUCAGUCUUCUUCUUCCUCACCCUACGAGGCGUGCACGUCUCUGUGGCAGUGCCGGUCAGCAACCUCUGCAGCCUCCCACCCUCAUUUCCUCCCCUCAAUUACUACGUGCCUCUGUGCCUCAACCUCUCGGGUUCAGUCCUCUUCUUCCUCACCCUACGGGGCGUGCAUGUCUCUCUGUGGCAGUGCCAGUCAGCAACGGGGCCACGUUUGCCUUCAACGCAGCAGCAGGCUAUGCGUUUGGGGAGAAAAUACAGCCUGCGUUGGCGUUGGGGGGUGUGUCGUUGGCUGUACUUGGAAUUGCGUUGUGUGUAUAG